AUGACCAGUCAGGAGGGAUCAAGGCAGAUGAAGGGCACCAUGGCCAGUCAGACAGGAGGGAUCAAGGCAGAUGAAGGGCACCAUGACCAGUCAGGAGGGAUCAAGGCAGAUGAAGGGCACCAUGGCCAGUCAGGAGGAUCAAGGCAGAUGAGGGGCACCUUGACCAGUCAGGAGGGAUCAAGGCAGAUGAGGGGCACCUUGACCAGUCAGGAGGGAUCAAGGCAGAUGAAGGGCACCUUGACCAGUCAGGAGGGAUCAAGGCAGAUGAGGGGCACCUUGACCAGUCAGGAGGGAUCAAGGCAGAUGAGGGGCACCUUGACCAGUCAGGAGGGAUCAAGGCAGAUGAUGGGCACUUUGACCAGUCAGGAGGGAUCAAGGCAGACGAAGGGCACCUUGACCAGUCAGGAGGGACCAAGACAGAUCAGGGGCACCAUGGCCAGUCAGUCAGGAGGGAUCAAGAUAGAUGAGGGGCACCAUGGCCAGUCAGGAGGGAUCAAGACAGAUCAGGGGCACCAUGGGCAGUCAGUUAGGAGGGAUCAAGGCAGAUGA